AAUCGAUUACGUCACAUAAUUGUGUUCCGAAUACUAUUGUUAUGCCAAUAAAGAUUUAUAAAGAAAAAAAAACAAACCCGCUGCGUUUCCGUCUACUAAGCCUGGAUUGGCGUCUAUGGUAGUGACGUAAGCCUGCUGAUUCGUUUCCUAGCAACGGAGAGACGCUGCGUUAAAGACCAUGGCUGCCGGCCGGGAGAUGGGGGCUGCGGACUAUCUGCGGGAAAACAAAGUUUUGGAGUUAAUGGACAAUUUAACCAGCCUGCUGCUUUACCACCGGCCAGGUCAGUAUCGGGCUCCGUGUCCAGCAUUGUAAUCAAUGGCUGAGAUCCCAGUGAUGCCCACAAGGAAUAUCCCAACACAUCAAUCAAUAAUAAUAAUAAUAAUAAUAAUAAAUAGUACAUUGCUCUGACUCGCCAACCACAAACCCCACCGCAUACAUCAUUACCGGGGCAUUCCCUCACUAUAGGGACAGAUUAAGGGGGGUUAUUAUUGCUGCAUUCUAUGGGAGGACAGCUGACACAACCGAAUGUCCAUAGACAAUAAUGGAAAAUAACUCAAACUGAUUAACAUCCACUAGCCAGACCACAGCAAUAAUUACCGUGGGUAGAGUGACAUGUUCUGAGACUCAGAUUAACAGCUUACUCUAAUCCAGGGGUGCCCAAAACGUAGAUCCCCAGAUAUGGUAAAACUACCACUCUCUUUAUGCUUUGCAUGCCUGUACAAUGACAAUAAUGCCCUUCUUCUUGAAAAGCCCUGAAAACCAGUUUACAAUAACUUUUACUUGCCUUAAUCCAGAGCUGGACAAGGCUCCCGCUGUUUGCUCACCCUUUUGUGAUAUCACAGGAAGAGCGUGAAAGUCCAAUCAAAGGCUUCUCAUAGGACCACUUAACCCUGUGAGCACAUGUGAGGAAGGAAAGGAUGAGGGAAGGUAGGUGAGGGAACAAAAUUGGCGAAUGGAAUAAUGGAGGGAAUGGUGAGUGAGCUUCCUCUUGCAUGCUCUGCCUGCAAGGGAGAAGUGAACGUCUGUCAUCAACAUGUAGUGAGUGCUGAUGAUAAGCAUUAAAAUAUGCGCAGAAUUGACAUUAGGCAGAACAGAGUUUCAGGCUGCCUGAGUUACAAUAUCUCACAAAAGUGAGUCCACCCCUCACAUUUUUGUAAAUAUGUUAAUAUAUCUUUUCAUGUGACAACACUGAAGAAAUGACACUCUGCUACAAUGUAAAGUAGCAAGUGUACAGCCUAUAUAACAGGCUAAAUUUGCUGUCCACUCAAAAUAACUCAACACACAGCUAUUAAUGUCUAAACCGUUGGCAACAAAAGUGAAUACACCCCUAAGUAGAAAUGUCCAAAUUGGGCCCAAAGUGUCAUUAUUUUGUGUGGCCACCUUUAUUUUCCAGCACUGCCUUAACCCUCAUGGGCAUGGCAUUGACCAGAGCAUCACGGGUUGGAGUCCUCUUCUACUCCUCCAUGACAACAUCACAGAGCUGGUGGAUGUUAGAGACCUUGCGCUCCCCCACCUUGCGUGUGAGGAUGCCCCACAGAUGCUCAAUAGGGUUUAGGUCUGGAGAUAUGCUUGGCCAGCCUGACCUUUACCUUCAGCUUCUUUAGCAAGGCAGUGGUUGUCUUGGAGGUGUGUUUGAGGUCGUUAUCAUGUUGGAAUACUGCUCUGUGGCCCAGUCUCCUCUUGCUCCUUCAGAUGAGCUGAACACAACUCUGCUCACUUACAAGACAUUGUUUCUGAUUGUGAUCACUUCCACAAGUAGAAUGUCUAAAAUUAAAGCCUUUACCUUUAAGAAGCCCUGUAGAUAUAUCACGAUAGGGUGAGCUUGAAAACAAAACCUGAGUUUCUACAUAAGGUUGUAACAAAAUUUCAUCUGAAUCAAGAGGUGGUUUUGCCUUCAUUCUUUCCUAAUCUAGUAUCCUUUUGGAAAACAGAUCAACCAUGUCCUUCCAUCAGGAUCAAGAAAAGGUGAAGUUGCAUCAACUUUAAAGCGUUGGAUUUCUAAUGUCAUCCAAAAAGCUUUUUGUCUAAAAACUAUUAAAAUUAAUUAUUAAUAAUAAUAAUUAUACUCCUACGAACAAGAUAUGAACAUAUUCCACAAAAGCUCUGGUUACAUCAAGGGCUAAUUGGGCAGAGGUUUCAUUCAAUGACACCUGCAGGGCAGCCACUUGGUCAUCUCUAUGACCUUCAUUAAAGAUUAGAAAUUGGAAGUGGCAUCUCCUUCCACCUAGUUUGGUAGAGGCCUAUUAUCCUCUGUGUCUUCCAUUUAUUAAAUUUUGUGGUUUUCAGCAAUAUUUGAACAGUGUUUUUUGUUUUUUGUUUUUUUUAAUUUAUGUUUAACCCUCCCUUUUGUUCUAAAUCCUUAGCUUGAGUAUUACCCAUAACUAAUGCUACCAUGAUUAGCCAGAAAUAAGGAAAACAUAUAAAAUACUUUACAUUACCUUCAUUUUCUUUUCCUGGCUAUUUAUCAUCAGGUUCCCACACAAAUAUUUCUUCUUAUUGCUUAAUAAUUAGACUGAAGUAUGCCCAACAGUCUGAUUAAUUUGUUUAAUUAAUUCCUGUUCUGUGACUGCUAGGGGUGGAUCUACACAUAAGUGAUGCUGCCAUGAAAAAAAUUAUGGUACGUAUUUUCUACAUUUUUGUUAAUACUGUCCAAAAGAAAGUCCAGGCUUGGCUUUUAAUUCUUUAUCAUUCAUCAAGAUUGUCACAAACGCACCCUUCUUCAAGAGUGUGCGUGACGUAGUUGUGGUGGUAAAAGGGGUUAAAGUUCACUAUUUAUUUGCCUGCACUAGACUGGAAAUAAUGAUAAAAUCCCCCUUAACACCACCCACACCUAAGCCUAAUAAUAUAAAUAUUACUAUUUUAACGCUGCUACCACCAAGACAAUUAAUAAAUAGGUGCCUUUGUCACCCAGGUAACUUAAAGGAACACUAUAGGGUCAGGAACACAAACAUAUAUUUCUGACCCUAUAGUGUUUAACCCACCAUUUAGGUGGCUUACUCACCCAACCUCCUUAUAAAAGUUAAUAAAACUCACCUUAUUUCCAGCGCUUCGUGGGUCCGCCCCCUUUGUGACAUAAUCAAAAUGGCCGAUUUUUAGUCAAUCCAAUGCUUUCCCAUAGGGAAAGCAUUGGAUUGGCUUGGAUUGGUUAAAAUCGUCACGGGGCGGGUCCAAAUGCCGUUUUGGCCUAUCAGGACCUCCUCCUAGAGAUGCAUUGAAUCAAUGCAUCUCUAUGAGGAAAAUUCAGCGUCCCCAUGCAGAGCGUGGGGAAGUUGAACGUCAGGGCUGCUUUAUCGGCAGCACUGACCCAGGAAGCACCUCCAGUGGCCAUCUAAGGAGUGGCCACUUGGAGGUGUCCCUAGAGGCAAUGUAAACACUGCCUUUUCUCUGAAAAGACAGUGUUUGCAUUAAAAAAGCCUGCAGGGAACUUUUAUAUUCACCAUAACAACUACAUUAAGCUGUAGUGUCCCUUUUAAUAAUGAAAACCCACCAAGUACAAUUUAGCACUAUAUUUAAGCAAUUGCAAAACACUAAUUAGUCUCUUCAGGUAAUGUGAUUCUUUACCAGACAAAGGCAGAACUUAAUAAAGGAAUAUUUAUUAUGAGCAAAAAAUACUCACAGUGCAUACAAAAAUAUAGAUGACAAUCAAAAGAUAAAAACAAAAGGGAUAAAAUAACAGAAGUCCUAAUCACUUACUCAUGUUUUCAAAGUAAAACUUCUGCCCAGGGGGUCUUUGGUAAUAAACUUGGUGACUCACUUAGAAUUAGAUUCUGGCCCCCAAGCAAGUACAAAAACACAUCUCAGUAUCAUUGGAUACAUAACCUGAGGAUUACCACGCCUCGCCCAGUGGUGGAGUUAAGGCGUACCAAUAGUAACUAUAAGUGACAACCCCCUUGUGUUCCAGACCAACAUCAAUCCAAAUGGAAGCAUUUGGUUCUCCUCUUAUGUACCUGUCACAGAAAUAAUAAAUGAAUUUACUAUUUUCCCAAUCCAUAGAUGUGUCAUAUUCCUUACUUGUGACCCAAUAUAGUCAUGACUGGUCACAUUCCAAAUAUAACAAAAAUGACGCUUAAUUAUUAUUCUGUGGGUAAAUAUUAAUGUUUCUUUCUUUUGGAUUUGAUACUUGAACACAAGGCUUAUAAUCAUUAACAUAUCAAAUAAAUUAACUCUUCAAUUAAGAGGCAGAGGCCAUAUGGCUGAAGGCAGUUUACAUUGAAACUAGACUUCCUUACAAGGCCAUCGAUUAAUCAAAGGAUUAAUCCAUGUUGUAAACCAUCUGCCUCCUUUCACAUUCCUAUGCAAUUUACAUUAUCCCUUCUGUCAUCUGACCUUGCAACCAAGUGGCCAAUUCAUAUAUGCACUACACAAAUUACAUUAAAUGCAAUAUUCUAUUGCGCAACAAUGAAUUAUGCACCCUUGACAUGACAAAGGUCACCUUCUAUAUUCAUCCAUAAGUUUGCUGCUCUUAAUUUAAUAUAAACAUACAUUUUAUACAUAACCCCCAUGUGUACCACCCAUCACAUAUUCCAGAUAGAAUAGUAGGAUGCAUCUUUAAUUAUCUAACUAAUAUAGGUGCAAGCUGCUCCGUAUUAAAUCUUCUCUAGGAAAGUUGCCCUUAUAAUGGAAACUAGUGAUUUUAUACAGGCAGAGCUGCAAUGUGGUCUAUAGUACUAAAAAUGGGGAAAGUACUAUGGAAACUAAUGUAAGCGACAAGUACAAGCAUUGGCGACUCCACAUCUUUUCCGUCGUUUCUCUACUUUCCAAAACCUUUUUUUUUUUUUUUUUUUAUAUCCAAGGACACAAAUAAUAUUUUCAAAGUAUUAACAAGUAUUAGUAUUAUUUUUACAUUUACAGAAAGGCCAAAAGACUUUCUAAUUGAGCAGUUGGAGAAACUGAAGCUUGCAAGGCUGGCUGAUUUAGAAUAUCCUUGUCUUUUUGAUGAUUCUAAUCUUGAUGCCAUCUUCAGAAUUCUUGAUCCCUCAGGCCAAGGAUAUAUAACAGGAAAACAAUACAUGGAAGGUAAAUAACAAUGAACAAUAACUGCAACCAAAUUACAAACUAACCACUCCAUCUUUGAUUUGAACAAUGCCUGGAGGCAACUGCUUAAGAAAGGUCCAUGGCAAGGACUCAAAAUUAGCACCUUUUUUUUUAAUGAUGUUUAAAUACAAUUUAUAUUUUUCUAAAAAAAAAAAAAGUGCAUUUUUUUCUUUGUUAAUUUUUUUUUUUUUUUUUUUAUCAUCCCAACCUUCAUAUGCAGUGUCCUUCAAGGAGUUUUAAGAAAAUCUAUGCCCCUCUAUUCUUUCUCAUCCUUAAUUGAAGAGUUUAGGUCCGCCAUGCUUACAGAGAGUACAUAAGACAGCGGUGACACAUAUUUUGCAGAGUAAUAUGUAUUCUGAUAGAAACAACGAGCAAUAUAGUAUUUUCACUAUUACAGCUUUGGCCCUUAUUCACCAUCCAAGAGGGGGUUCUAAAAUGAUGUUAUUCGGCCCUGUUGAAAGGUUUUACAAUUCAAAGCUUAGGGAAUAACGCCAUCAGAUUAACCUGUCCUUCACAAAUUUACAACCAGGAUUAUCAGAAUUUCUAGCAUGUCUACACUGCCUCAAAAUGACUAGAUCAGAAUGCUACAAUUCAAAUGCGUAGGUGUACACUAUGAUUUAUUUGAUGUUUACACACCGUAAGUGGACUGACUGUGCAUGCAGCUGUCAUGGACCUCCAAGUGUGUACUUUUUCCUGCUUUUCAGCUAUACAUUUGCUAGAAGUUAGCAUUCAUUGUGGCAGAGCACCUGGCGGGACUCAGGUAAGGGGCAAACUGUUGUAAAAAUAAUUUGCCCUUGCCAAGGAAUGGUGCCAGGGCACUCCUAGCAUCAUAACCAUUAAAGCGGGCUGUAGUGGUUAUGAUGUUUGGAAUAACCUUUUAAGGUGGACAUAUAUUUACGAUACUUCUAGGUGCCUGAUUGUAUUAAAUUGACAGGGACCAGAGUAAUAAAGGAAUAUCGUUAAACCUAGAUUGAAAAUGUAACGUAUGACCAUCAUAAAAAUGUUAAACAUAAUAAGGCCAACUAAAAUACACUGCAUUCCUGCAUAUUAGUGACUGGUAAUACUCUAUUACAAUUAAGUGGUCUGAGUGCCAGGUCCCCCUAGUUUUAACCCUGCAGCUGAAAACAUAGCAGUUUCAUUGCAGGGUUAAUCCAGCCUCUAAUGGCUGUCUCCCUAACAGCCACUAGAGGCCGCUUCCGCAAUUUUCAGUGAGUUAUGUUGCCUUUGAGACUGUAUGGUAGCCCAGGAAAAUUACCCCCAUGAUGGCAUACCAUUUGCAAUAGUAGGCAACCCAAUGUACUGCAAAUGGGGUAUGUCCGGUCUUUGUUAGAAGCCACUUGGUCACAAACACUGGCCAAAAUUGGCAUUCAAAUUAGUUUUUUGCAUUUUUCACACACAAAUAUUAACGCUAACUGGCCACUGUUUGUGACCAAGUGGCUACUAAACAAGACUGGACAUACCCCAUUUGCAGUACCUUUUGUUGUCUACUAUUGCAAAUGGUAUGCCAUCAUGGGGGUAAUUCUCAUUCCUGGGCUACCAUAGGGUCUCAAAGGCAACGUAACCAAUCUGGCGAAUUUCAAUGUGAAAAAACUUAAAAAAGGAACAUGCUAUAUUUGACCCUGUAACUUCCCAAAACGCCAUAAAACCUGUACAUAGUGGGUACUGGUUUACACGUGAGACUUUGCUGAAUACAAAUAUGUGUAUUUUACUGCAGUAAAAGCAAACCGUAUUAUGACAUUCACUGUUAGAAUGUCACGUAGAAAAAAUAAAAAUAAAAAAAUACGCUUAUUUUCUCCCAAUUUUUUUAUAUAUUUUAUUCAUAUAUUAUUUUCAUUCCUAAAUAUUUGAUGUGAAAUGAAAGCCCUGUUUCCCCUGAAUAAAAUUAUAUAUAAUAAGUGUGGGUGCAUUUAAUAUAAAAGAGGUGAAUUACGGUUGAACAGACAUACAGUCAAAUUGCAAGGUUUUGUUUUGAUCACAACGUGUACAUUUGGCUCGGUCCUUAAGGGGUUAAUUGAUAAAAUACAAUUCCACCAAACAUACAAUAAAACUAUGAAUCAAAUUAUCUUCACUAUAUAUGUGUAGUUAAAUGCUUUUUUUUCUUUGUUGUUGUUUGUUUUGAGGUUUGUUUGUUUUUAAUAAGGUUCACAAUUUAUUUUUUCACAUUUGCAGCAUUCACAACUCUUGGUGUAGACAUCAACAACAUCAGUGAACCCCCUGAGAAAAUUACACUGGAAGUGUUUAAGUAUGAGAUGUAAGUACAGUAAUGACUUCUAGUUACUCUGCAGAUGAAACAUUUUGGUGUAAUACAGUGGCUAAUUAAUGCCACCCUGCCUAAUGAUGAUUAACCCCUUAAGGACACAUGACAUGUGUGACAUGUCAUGAUUCCCUUUUAUUCCCGAAGUUUGGUCCUUAAGGGGUUAAAGAUGUGCUUUAUGUAUGUGCUGGUAUUGGGAUGAUGUGUAUGAAGAGGCAUAACUGGAAAGUGAACUGAGAAGACUUACUUUAUUAUAUCACAGCAUGUCCAGCAAUAAACUGCAGUAACUCUCAGCUGAGAGCGGCUUUACAACUGUAGUGAAAGUCCCUGUUCAGGGCCUGUGUUAUAUUUGUCUAACUACCAAAUGCAGAACGUGCACACCACUCUCCCAACCUGGACUGAGCUGUAUCUUCCUCUGAGAAAAAUGAGCCAUGGACUAUUGCUGUGCUGAUAGCCAUGUGUAGGCUGUUUCACUAAAUAGUCAACUGGGUUAUGUUUAAACGCAUAGCAGCAACUAUCCGUUUACAGAACAGUUCUACUCAUCCUAUGUGUUGAGUAGAAUUGCUCUCGGUGGUUACAUAGCUGGAAAAAGACUUGCGUCCAUCAAGUUCAGUCUUCCUCACAUUUUUUUUUUUUUGCUGUUGAUCCAAAAGAAGGCAAAAAAACCCAGUUUGAAGCACUUCCAAUUUUGCAACAAACUAGGAAAAAAAUUCCUUCUUGACCCCAGAAUGGCAGUCAGAUUUAUCCUUGGAUCAAGCAGUUAUUACCCUACAUUGAAAGAUUAUAUUCUUGAAUAUUCUGUUUUUGCAAGUAUGCAUCUAGUUGCGGUUAGAACAUCUGUAUGGACUCUGAUAAAACCACUUCUUCAGGCAGAGAAGUCCACAUCCUUAUUGUUCUUACAGUAAAAAAGCUAUUUAAGCCAUAAAUUCAUGUCCAGAAAAAGGCCCCAGAAUGAGUUGCUUCUGAUUAGAGUAUCUCUAAUUAAUGGCUGCAGCCAGACCCACUAAAUAGCGGUUCUCCUGGGUACUUUCAAUGUAUGUAUCUAUUUUAUUUUAUAUUAUUUUUCAGUGUUUAUUUUUUUAAAUAAAUUAUCCCUUGCAACACCCAGCUUUUCAUUUAAUAAUGGUUUAUUUUCUUUCCUGCAGGAGAACACAGAUGAAGAGAGCUUGUGCAACUUUUAAAACCUAACUUUCUCAGUGAAGACAUAUAUUUUCAGUUCUGUGCAUUUUUGUUCUCUAACAGUUUUUAAACACAUUUUAGAAUAUAUACAUUACAUUCAGUUUCUUAACCAUACCUGUAAUCAAUAUGUAUAGGACAAUAUUAAUUAAAACAUUUUGGUAGCUAAAAACAGCAAUCAUGUUUUAAUCUAAGGCAUCACGCACAUAUAUCAACCCUACAAAGAAUAAUUAUGGUGCAUAAUAUCGAACGUGCUGUGGCACAUACACUCAGGACUGUUUUAAUGAAUUGGCACGCUGGACAAUUGCACGAGGUCUCUAGUAGCAUAGAGGUCCCAAAGGUUAGCCAACUUUGCAGUAUAUUACUCUGGAAGAUUUAUUCAGAACCUUCAGACACUCUUUAUUCAAAUGUUUAGGUGGACUAAUCACGUCCCUAUCAGCGGUUAUCUGUACAUGUGAUCUGGCUGUUGCGAAUAUAUAUCUUGACCUUAACGAAAGCAACGUACAUGUACUAAUUGUACUUAAAGGACCACUAUAGUGCCAGGAAAACAUACUUGUUUUCCUGGCACUAUAGUGCCCUGAGGGUGCCCCCACCCUCAGGGUCCCCCUCCCGCCAGGCUAUGGGGAGAGGAAGGGGUUAAACUUACCUCUUUUUCCAGCGCUGGGCGGGGGACUCUCCUCCUCCUCGGCUGCAUGCGCUGCAAGAGCCGCGCGCGCAUUCAGCCAGUCUCAUAGGAAAGCAUUCACAAUGCUUUCCUAUGGACGCUGGCGUCUUCUCACUGUGAUUUUCACAGUGAGAAGCACGCAAGCGCCUCUAGCGGCUGUCAAUGAGACAGCCACUAGAGGCUGGAUUAACCCUAAUAUAAACAUAGUUUCUCUGAAACGGCUAUGUUUAUAGAAAAAAGGGUUAACCCUAGCUGGACCUGGCACCCAGACCACUUCAUUAAGCUGAAGUGGUCUGGGUGCCUAUAGUGGUCCUUUAAGCAAGACACAAUGAACGCACAGUGUUUUGAACCGUAAAGCUAUAAUAAAGUUCUUCUAAUAUUUUUAACAGUCCAUGGCAGCUGCCUCCCCCUGCUACCUCCUAAACAUUUGUGUGGAUUAAUCUCUGUUGUGCAGCAUGUUUUGCAAUGGUACCUCCAACAAAAACAGUGAUUAAACAAUAAAUAUG